AUGGCUCUUCGCGUUUUCGCAGCCCUCGCGACGCUCGUCGCAGCGCUCGCCGCCCUUGCUCCCGCUAGCGCCACCACGUACCGCUCCACGUUCAGCGACGGGAUUAACUCCGGCGGCGGCGCGUGCAACUACGAGGGCAACUUCCGCGAGUCGGAAUAUUUCUACAAGGGGCUGACCGCGUACCUGCCCCAAAAUAAGUACGACGGCGGCAAGGGCUGCGGCACGUGCUACGAGAUCGAGUGCAAGAGCCACAAGAGCUGCCGAAGCGGCAGCGUGAUCGUGCGCGCGACCGGCCGGCACGGAGACGACCAAUUCCUCCUCGCCUCCACCGCGUGGGACAAAAUCGUCCGCAGCCGCGACGCGGGGAACGUGGAGAUUAAGUUCCGCAGCGUCGACUGCCCGAAGAACGCCGACAUCGGAGUGAAGAUCAUGUCUGGGACGAACCAAUACUGGUUCGCGGUCCAGAUUCUGGGCGCCGCGAAAGCCGGCGGCGUGGAGGGAGUGGAGCUAUCGAAGGACGGCAAGAAGUGGAGCAAGAUGAAGCGGCUCGCGGAGAGCGCCACGUGGGCCUUGGAUCCCGCGAAGGAGAUCGUGGAAGCGGGGAAGAAGGUGAGUGUGCGCGUCACGGCGGUGGGCGGCGCGCGCGUGGAGCUGAAGGACGUCAUUCCCGAGAAGUGGACCCACGCGGAGGCUGGGCAGAACGGGGGCAAGGCGGGGAGAGGGACAGCGAGAGUGAAAGCGACGAGGGCACUGGUGGAUCCUCCGCAGAGCCCGAGCAGGACAUGUGCUGGAGCGGCUGUGAAAGCGCCUCUCAUGCCCAUCUUCCCUUGCUGUACAGCGCCAACUGCUCUGCUGGCUGAUUUCGUUCCAUUGGCUACUGGUGCUGACCUGGCUAAAGGUGCUGACCUGGCUACAGUCCCAUUCAAAGGUUUGACUAGUGCUGCAACAGAUGGCGCACCUAUAGCACCCCCUGCUACACCGCUCCCUGCUACACCGCUCCCUGCUACACCGCUCCCUGCUACACCGCUCCCUGCUACACCGCUCCCUGCUACACCGCUCCCUGCUACACCGCUCCCUGCUACACCGCUCCCUGCUACACCGCUCCCUGCUACACCGCUCCCUGCUACACCGCUCCCUGCUACACCGCUCCCUGCUACACCGCUCCCUGCUACACCGCUCCCUGCUAUAGCACCCCCUGCUACACCGCUCCCUGCUACACCGCUCCCUGCUACACCGCUCCCUGCUACACCGCUCCCUGCUACACCGCUCCCUGCUACACCGCUCCCUGCUACACCGCUCCCUGCUACACCGCUCCCUGCUACACCGCUCCCUGCUACACCGCUCCCUGCUACACCGCUCCCUGCUACACCGCUCCCUGCUACACCGCUCCCUGCUACACCGCUCCCUGCUACACCGCUCCCUGCUACAACGCUCCCUGCUACACCGCUCCCUGCUACACCGCUCCCUGCUACAACGCUCCCUGCUACAACGCUCCCUGCUACAACGCUCCCUGCUACAGCAUUCCCCAACGCAGCACCCUUAUGCAACGCGGGGCAUGGGGUAGCAGGAGAAGCGUUGGCCCCGGGGUGUGGGUUUGAGGGGUGGAGUGGAGCGAGGGGCAGUGGAUGGGGAGAGAGAAGGCGUGGAGUGAGGGAAAGAGAAAGGGGUGGUUGGGAGGAAGGCGGUGGGAGGGGCGGGUUUGGAUGGGCAGUUGCAGGAGGAGGCGGGGCAGAGGUAGGGGGAGGAGCAGCAGAGGGAGGGGGAGCAGGAGGUGCAACAGAAGGAGGGGGAGCAGGAAGAGCAGCAGGAGGAGGAGCAGGACGGACAGAGGCGGGGGGGCCAGCAGGGGCAGGAGCAGCAGACGGAGGAGCAACAGGAGCAGCAGCAGGAGGAGCAGCAGGAGCAGCAGAAGAAGCAGCAGAAGGAGCAGCAGCAGCAGCAACAGCAGCUGAAGGGACAGCAGCGGCAGGAGCAGCAGAAGGAGCAGCAGCAGGAGAAGCAGCAGGAGCAGCAGCAGGAGCAGCAGCAGGAGGAGGAGGAGCAGCAGCAGCAGCAACAGCAGCAGAAGGGGCAGCAGCAGCAGGAGCAGCAGAAGGAGCAGCAGUAGGAGCAGCAGCAGGAGAAGCAGCAGGAGCAGCAGCAGGAGCAGCAGCAGGAGGAGGAGGAGGAGCAGCAGCAGCAGCAGGAGCAGGGAUGGUGACAGCAGGUGCCGUGGAGGGGCCUGUGCUGUGCUGCAACGCAUCUGCCCACUCACCCGCGUCUAAUAGCCCUGCCCUUCCUUCCCCACCUGUGCGGUGA